GCACGCGUUGUUCAACAAUUUUAUUACCUAAGUAAUCAUUCUUCAUUUCAGUGAUAGUUAAUUAUUUCUUUCGCUUUUUACGAAUUAAACUUAUUGUUAUGUCAAAUUAAUCAUGGAAAAUGAAAAUAUUGAAUCUUCUAAUGAAACAUUCAAACUUCAAGAGCAAUUUAAUGCUCAAAGAGCUAGAAUGAAAGAGUUGUACAUGCAAAAAGAGAAAGAAUGUUCACAUUUGAAACAAAAAGUUUUAUCAUUGAAAAAGGACAUUGAAGAUAAAGAUUCACAACUAGUAAUUGCUGAAUAUAAUAGGCAGAAAGACCUGGAAGAUCAAAUAGAAAACUCACAACAAGAGAUUCAAACACUUCAACAACUCUUGCAAGAAACUUGUGACGAGGCAACUUUAGCGAAUAAUGAAAUUUCGAGAUUAACAGAUGAAAAUGAAAAGUUUCGUCUGGAAAUUGGUUCAUUGAGAGAAAAUCUUAUUCAGUAUCAACAGGAUUCCAAUAAGAGUUUAGAAUCAUUACUAGGGCUUAAAACGCUAGCUAGAAAUGUAAAAAAAAUCACUGGAGCUAAUAGUAACAGUCAAGAGAGUUUAGAUGAAUCGAUACGUAAAGUUGCUGUGACACCUUCAUCAAAAUAUGCUCAAGAAGAUGCAGAAACACUCAGAUCGCUUGUUUUACCAUUGGAAGAUGAAAUUCAGCAGUUGAAAGAGAAACUAAGGUCAGCUUAUGAUGAGAUUGAACAAACCAAAGGAUCAAAUCUUAAAACUCAAUCAGCAGUUGUAGGAUUGUUGGGUGAAGCUCAAAAAGAGAAAUUAAGUAAUGAAAUCGAACCAGAAAAUAACGCUUGCAGCAUGUGUCAAAAUUAUGAGCUGCAAUUAGUAAAAGCUCAAGAAGAACUCGAAAGCGAAAGACAAAAGAAAUUUAAGGUUGAAAAAAUUAUUGAACGUUUAAAGCAAGAUUUGAUCAAGGAAUCUGAUCUAAGAAGUGAGUUGGAAAAAACUUGGCAAGAAAAACGUGAAGAACAUAAAGAAGAAGUUCAGAAACUAUGCGAUCUUCUUAAUCGGAGUGAACGAUGCGUCCUCGAACUUCAAAAUGAAUUCAGUAGUUUUAAAGAAGAAAUUUAUCAUGAACUCAUUCGAGUGAGUGACGAGAGACAAGAAAUUCAUGAGCAUCUAGAGACACUUCAAAGAGAUAACGAUUAUUUGUCUGGACGAUAUUUGCAACAUUCAAAUGAGCUCAAAGAGCAGGAGAUUGAUUUACCACAGAAUAUUGAAGAACUCCAUGAACUUGUAUUGAGAUUGAAUGAACAUUUAAUAGUCUCAAAAUCUGGACAAGAAUUUAAUGAAGCAAAAUGUAUCAGUUUUCGAGAUGAAGCUAAUCUUUUGAGGGAUCAACUUCAAAGAAAGGAAAAAGAAAAAGAAUUUUUAGAACAGAAAUUAAAUCACAGAAUGCAUAAUCUUGAGGAUAAACUCAAACAACAACAUCAAAUCCACCAGAAGAUGCUCAGUGAAAAAGAAGAUCAGCAAAAAGUUGAAAACGAAAAUAAAAAAGAAAUUAGUGAAUUAAGAAUGCAAAAUAUUGAACUUAGUGAAACUGUCGAUAAAAUGGAAAAAUCGAAUAUGGAUUUAAAAUCAAAAGUAGCAAUGAUGCAACAGGAACUAACUACAAGUGAAGCAGUGCAGAAAGAUUUUGUGAAAUUAUCGCAAUCUCUUCAAAUGCAAUUGGAAAAAAUUCGUUCAGCCGACAGCCAAGUACGUUGGCAAGAUGAAGAGGAUUGUUAUAAAUGUCCAACAUGCAAGCAAAACUUUACAGUAACAAGAAGAAAAAUCAAUUGUCGGCAUUGUGGAACAAUUUUCUGUGAAUCAUGUUGCAGCAAAGUUGUUAAAAGUGGUGUCAGUGGAAGAACUGCAAAAGUAUGUGAGGUUUGUUAUACCUUGCUCGAGCAAAACUCGGCUCCCUUCUUCAGUCAAGCUCCGCAUACACCUUAAAAUAGUCGUUUAUGCUUCACUAACAUUUCCUUUUUCUUGUGCUUUUUGGCAUCAGUUAGUAGAAAUUCAUUGUUAUGAGUCAAUAAAAUAAAAUGUUAUUUUAAUAAAAUUUAUUCAGCAUAUAAAUUCGAAACAUAAAAA